AUGUCUUCAACAUUACCGUCAUUAGUUUUUCUCUUGCUACUGGCCACCGAGGAGCCCGCUCUGGAGAGUCUCUCAUUCGCAGACACGCUCCAUGCCUUGGCUGCAUGGGUCGCAACGAGUGAAGUCCACGGGUCGCGACCUCCGAGUCCAAAGCCAGGCACAGAGAAUGCGCACGCCGCCGUCAUCAGCGUGAUCACACACAUGGUCGAAUACGUGUUGAACAGUGUAAGGGCCGGUGGGAUACAAGGUCUAUGCAUCGCGCUGCUCUCGGCCCUUGCUUUGACCAGCUCUUGGUGCAGGGCCGAGAUUGGUCGGAACGCCGCUGUGGCGCUCAGGCUUGCGUUUUACGCUGGCGCCUGGGUGGACCUCGACGAAGCACGGCGGGCGGAGCAGUCAGCCUGUGUCAGCAUCCGCCUCUCGCUGCCAGGAAAUGGUGUUACCGGUUGUGGAGACGGGAAAGAGACGACACCAGCCGAGGAUGCAUUGAAGUCGAGCUUGCGAGGGGCUAUGGAUGGCUUGCCCGAGACAAUGCAAGCCCUCGGCCUUGAGGUACGCCACGGCCUCCUGGCCGAGUACACGAGUUCUCCCCAGGGGAUAACUACAGACACGCCGCUGGACGACCCGGGUCUGGAUUCCCUCGUCAUGAUCCAACUACAGUCUGAGUUGGAGCGGCAGUUUGGCGCUAAGCCAGAGGUUACCGAGCUCAGCGGCUGCACAGUUUCCGAGGCUUGCAGCUUGUUGAUGCGAAUGCCGGAUGAUUACAAAAUUCGGACGGUGCAACCCCCUGCUCAGCUCUCGCCUUCCCAGACCUCUCAUCUUGGCCAGCUUGCCGUGGAUUUUGCUCGCUUCAACAAAAAGACCGACUCCAUACUGCACGAGACUGGCUUUGCGGGCUUCUUUGCCGGUGUUUACGAUAAACAGCAGAGUCUAGUGAUCGCUUAUAUACUAGAGGCAUUUGAAGCCCUUGGCCUCCCUCGUGAAGCUCAGAAGCGUGCGGGCCCUCCGGCGGGCUCUUGUCUUACAAAGUACGAGCGCCUCGUGAACCGCUACUACCAGAUACUCUCCGCAUCCACCAGAAAUAAAUACGGGCGCUCGGCCGAUCUGCAAGCCCAGAUCCUGGCUGAAUAUCCAGAGUAUCAGCCGGAGCUAUCCGCUGGUCGACGAGCGGCGCUGGGAGAGCACGCUGCGAGAGGCUGGGUUUCGCGAGACCAUAUGCAACAGCCUCAUGUGUCACACAAACACUAA